AUGUCACGACAUGUGUCCAUGCUCUUGCUAGCUCUUUCGCUAGUGGCUACCCUCGACGUCGUCUCAGCCAGUCGUGGGCUGCGCAGUGGUAAAGAUACCGAUCGCAGGCUCAGCACCGCAGACACGGACGAUGAUUUAACCAUCCCGUUCAACUCGUGGGACAACGCUAUCGAUACGCUGCAACACGGACUCGCCUUUGUGGUUGUUCUCGUCGCUGCUCACCCGCUCGGUCUUUUCUUCCCCAAGCUCUUCAAGCUCCCACUUAUCACGGGCUAUCUGGUAAUUGGUAUUAUCGCUGGGCCAUUCCUCGCUGACCUUAUCACCGAGGACAGCGUCAACAUGCUGUCCAACUACGUCAGUGCAUUGGCACUGUCGUUCAUCUCGUUCCAGGCUGGUCAAGAGAUUUAUCUACCGGAGCUUCGUCCACAACUUAAAUCGAUCAUGAUUCUUCUCGGUGUGCUCUACGUGACAGCUAUGAUCAUUUUGACGGGAGCGAUUUUGCUGGCGGAGGAAGCAUUCUUCUACAAGGACAUGGUUCUCAAUUGCCAAUUGGGUAUUGCUCUAAUGUUCGGCUCCAUCUCUGUACUGGGCUCACCCGCCACCGUGAUGGCCAUCAAGAUCGAGUUGAACAGUGUGGGUCCAUUCACGAGUUUGAUGCUAGGAGCGACCAUGACGGCCGAGUUUGUCGUGCUCGUUUCGUUCUCGAUUUCUCGAAUUGUAUGCUCCAUCUACUGCGCCGAACUGGAUGUGUCUAUUCUGAACCUGGCGUUUACGAUGAGUAUCGUGUUGGCCAACAUUCUAGUUGGUGCUAUCCUCGCUGGUGUGACGGUCCUCAUCUUUAAGAUCCCUGGAGGAGAACAUGAUGACCACGGUCACGAUAUUGACGAUGGACUCGCGGGACGUAGCGUAUCGGCGUUCCAUUCCAGAAGAACAGGUCACAAGAUGACUUCGGUUGAUCGGGACAUGGCACCUCACCCCCACAACGCUUAUAACGAAGAGAGUCCGGUGAAGAAGUCGUGCUGGACUACCAAUAUGUCGUUGGCAGUCAAGGGUUUCAUUUGGCUUUUGAUGGGCUACAUGUUCUACCUCUCCACUACUCUAUUCGCCCUACAAACUGCUGCAUCCUACGGUUUGUCGUGGGAAGUUAAGCUUGAACCAUUGCUUGUUCUUAUGAUCGCGUCGUGUAUUGCUGGACAUCACACUGGUAUCCGUCACGACAUGCACGUUAUUCUGGAUACCGUCGCGCCGUACAUGUUCCUACCGUUCUUCGUUAUGACUGGAGCGGCACUGAAGCUGGAUCAGGUGGUGGAUGCGAUCCCUCUGAUGAGUUUGUACGUGGGUCUUCGCUACGUAGCGAUCUUCAUCGCUUGCUACUUUGGUGGCCGCUUCGUACUCAAGUUAACGCCGAAGCAGUACAACAACCUGUGGCUCACGAUGACUCCGCAGGCUGGUGUGGCCUUGGGCUUGGCAAACGAAGUGAAGGCUAUGAGUACGGAAUCCUGGGCUGAGGAGUUUUCUGCCACGAUCGUGGCUGCUGUGGUGGUGAACCAGAUCAUUGGUCCGGUCUUGUGUGCCAUGGGCUUAAGUCGUGCAGGUGAGACGUUGAAAGACCGUGCUGCUGAGGGAAGUAUGCCAAGUGAUAAUGGCGAUAACAACCUCAAGAGCCUCCACAGUGGAAGAUUCAGCAGUAUCCAUGGCGGCAAUCUUAGCAACAUUCAUGGUGGGAAUUUCAGUAAUGUCAGUCUGUUCGAUGCUGGUCGACGCAUGUCGAGUCCUGCAAUGACGAUGGGCAAAGAUCCACGAUCAUUGCUACCGUUCUACAAGGUGCAGAAUGCUGUGGUUAUCGGAGAUGAUGAAGUGGCUUUCGAGGUUGCUUUGGAUCUCUCACUGUACGGAGCACAGGUAAAUGUGCCGUUGCUGGAUGAAGAACGCGCCAGUAAAUGGCAAAAGAUGAACGAGACAAUCCUCAAACGCACUGCCAAUGGAGACCUUAUCUCGUUCAAGAACACUCUUAAGGACCGUGACAACGCGAAGGCCAUGUCGGCAGCCGACGUGUUGAUCUUCACGGGUGACGUCAACCGUACGCGCGAGAACGUGCAUCUCCUCAAAUCGUUGCUGGGAGAGUCACACCCUCGGAUGAUCGCACUGGUACCGGACUGCAAGUUCAGUAAGGAGAUGAAGGCCCAAGGUGUGCUGGUGAUCCAGCCAUCUAUCGCUCUGGCCAAUAUCGCAACUCGUAUGGCCUUGUUGGACCAGAAAUUGGCUGAGGCUCUGUCGAACGAGAUCAGUACGACUAGUGACUUUAGCACGGCGUCAUACUUCUUGCAGCCGAACAGUGGAUACCGCGAUUCGCUAUCGGAGUUGUGCUUGGAUGGCCGCUCGCUAGCGCUCGGACGAAGCGUUGUGAACCACCACUCGGUGGACUACGAUCGUCUUGCAGAGGUAUUUGCGGCCGAGAACUUACCCAUGCCGCCUCCGCCGUCUCGUGUGGCCAUGUUCGGUACAUCAGGUGCUGGAUAUGACCCCUUUUCGAGCAACAGAAGCAACCGGGCGAACUUUUUCGUCAUGCCCGAUGACCCCGGGAUGACCCCGGGACAGUACGCGCGAACGCCCGGAAUGAGUUUGUCUCCGCGCCGUGCUGGAUUCAACGUGUUGCAAACCCCACAAACUCCUGAACUUCGCCAGCCGGGAGCAGAACCAAACGCUGCGAAUAAGAAGCCGUAAGGUGGCUCGGUUCGUACUCCACGUUGGCCACAGGUAGUUUUUUUUUUAUUUCGUAGGUUAGCGAAAUGCGUAAUAUAAGCCAACUCCAGUUCAUGUACACAGUUUGAAAGUUCCUUUCUAAAACUGUGUACACAUGUUCAUGGCAACUGAAACAAGGCA